AUGGAAUCAUUCUACGGAGCAAGAAAUUUCCAUGUUAAAUUCGAAUUUCCAACAGUCUUCUUCAUCAUUUGUAAAAAGAUUAGAAUUCCGUUAUGCGUGGUACAGAAUCAAUCAGUAUGGGAAGAUUUUUCAACCAUUCUUGUAUUUGAUCGAACCAACAAAAAAAAACAUGCAGCGAUACUUUUGUACUUAGCAGUAACACCGGAUAAGAACGGUUUAUCGAUCAGGAACUUGAUCAGGAAUACUUGGGCAAUAGAAGCUAAACAUAAUGAUAUUGAGGUAAUCUUUUCCAUUGGUAUUAGAACAGAAGCAGAAUUAUACCAAAUGAACAAUACAGAUGCUAUCUUCAAGGAAAGCAUACAAUUUCAUGAUAUCUUAUUGACAAAUUUUGUUGACAAAUGGGAAAAUUUAUUGAUGAAAUGGUGGAGUAAUAAUUAUUAUCAUAGUUCACGAUGUUCACAGAUUCCAUUAAUGGCUAGCAUGGAUUCAGAUGCUAUAUUAUUUGGUGAAAAUUUGAAAAAAUUACUUGAUAAUGCAAGUAAUACUUUUGAUGGAUAUUUAGGAUGUACGAUACUUUCGAAGCAACCUAUUAUACGUGAUAGCUCUAAUCGAUAUUAUGUUAACGAAUUACAAUGGCCUGGAAAAUUGCUUCCUGAUUAUUGUAGUGGAACGUUGAUUAUUGAAAAUGUUCAGACCUGUCAAAAAAUUUCAUAUGUAAUACCACAACUCGGUGUUCACUAUAUAACCGGAUUUCGAAUUUUUGAUGUUCUUACCGGACUAGUUGCUCAAGCAGCUGGACUGAAACUUCGAAAUCUUCCUGGAAUACAACCUUGGUUACCUGUCAAUGAUAUUUGCCAUUCGCUUAUUUUUGUCAUCCAUCCAAUAGAAGCGGAGAAAUUAGCCGCUUUUUUCUACUACAGAAUGAUUCAGCCAUGUAAACAUUGUUAUUAUACGCUUUUUGGCUUAAUGUUCAAAUGA